AUGCUUGUGCUGCUUUUCGCCACCCAGCUGGCCAAAGCUCCAGGUGACGUAUCCAUGAGUCCACACCAGCUGAUACUAUGUUUGUCAACAGCAAGCAAAAAGCUCUCACCGAAUAUAUAUCGAGGCGUUCAAUUACGAAUAUCCGAAUUAAAAGAUGCGAUCGAUAAAGGGCGGAUUUCAGAGCGAUGCCUGAAAAGCCUCAACUACGUUGUUGAUUCUAUCGAUCGAGAAAAGUUUGAUGAUGCGCAGAUCUUCUACGAACGCUUGAGAGCUGAAUUUCCUGAUGAAAUGGGUCCAUGGGCACAACAAGGCAUUCGACUAUUAAUUAGUGAGCUUCGAAGACCGGCUUCACGAAUCGGUUCUGCAGGACCGCAUAUCAGGGCUCAGUAA